UUUCACCCCUUUAUAUACCACUCUACUAGUACAACGGAUCCAAAAAAUAAAAUAAAUUCUCCAAUUCAAAUUCCCACCUUAUUUUCUCUCUCCUCUUUACAAUGAAAACCACCCCUAAACUCAUCGUCUUCCACCCUUCCCUCUACAAACAAUCCUCCUCCACUAUCUCGUCGCUAUCAUUACCAUCCUCGCUAUCGCACCGUAUAUGGGUACUCGUAUUCUUCACUCUCUUCACCUUCACAUUCCUCCUAACCGUUUUUAAAAACACCACCCUACCACCCCCAACACCGCCCACCACCCCAUCAACCACCGCCAACCACCAAUCCGCCGCCGUAUCCGCCGCCCUCCUCCACUACGCCGCCAUCUCAAACACCACCGACCGUAUGACCUCCGGCGAACUCUCCGCCGUCGCAACCGCCCUCCGCCGCUGCUCUCCGCCGUGCAACUUCCUCAUCUUCGGCCUCACCCACGAAACCCUCCUCUGGCGUGCCCUCAACUCCGGCGGUCGCACCGUCUUCCUCGACGAAAACGAGUAUUUAAUCUCGAAAUUCGAGCAAAACUUCACCGAUUUCGAAGGUUACGACGUUCAAUACACCACCAAAGUCGGAAAAUCAGCCGAACUCAUCGAACAUUCUAGAAUCCACCGUAAGGGUGAUUGUAGACCAGUACAGAAUCUCCUCUUUUCCGAAUGUAAAUUAGCGAUUAACGAUCUUCCGAAUCAUUUGUACGAGAUUUCAUGGGACGUAAUCUUGAUCGAUGGUCCAAGAGGGUACUCGGCGAAGAUGCCGGGAAGAAUGGCGGCGAUAUUUAGCGCCGCCGUGAUGGGGCGGAGCAGGGGAGGAGAGAGAAAGUCCGGUAAAAGAAAAGGGACUGAGAUUUUUGUUCAUGAUUAUGGGAGAGAAGUUGAAAGGGUUUUUAGUGAAGAGUUUUUGUGUAAGGAGAAUUUGGUGGAAGUUAGAGAUUCUUUGGCUCAUUUUGUGGUAAAAGAGAUGAAGGGUGAGAGUUUUGAAUUUUGUUUAGGAGAAUCAAGCAAUUCUUCUUGAUCAUCAUUAUAAAUUAUAAUUAUAUGAAUUGAUUAAGAGUUAUAGUAGUAGUCAUGAACUCAUGGUAGGUAUGUUAUAAAUUUACUAUAUUUCUACUCAUGUAUACACCCGGGUGUAUAGAAUAUCUAAGACGUAGUUUAUGUUAUUUCUUCUCGUUUUUUAUUAGAGGUUCAUUGUACGGGGAUUAGAGGUAAGUACAGUCGGGUGUAUAUAGUUAUCGGUCUGAAGAGAGGUCGAUUAUUAGUAAUCAGAGUGAUGUAAACUGUAAAGUAAAUUAAAUGAAAGUACGUUUUAAUUUUUUGAUGAA